CUCCCUGUAACUUCUGUAAUUUGCUGAGACCAUGUGCACAGGCAGAGAGAGAAGCAGCUGUUGAAGUAUUGGCGCAGGGCAAGCGGCAUCUCAAGUGAUGAAAGGCAAGUCUACAGCACGAGCACAAUUGUUUGAAAGUCAAAUAUUAUGCUCGAGGCCAGUUGAGUGAAUCUGAGCCACUGCUGAAGUCCAAGUACAAUUACUACUUCUGAGUCAAUGCUUCUUAUCAAAAUGAAUAACAACAGUGAGUGCAUGGAUUUCUUGGCUGCACAGCCGGAGAAUAUCAUUCUGAUGCAUUAUAACCACACUGGGAAGCUGGAGAACAGACCUUUGCCCAGUGAAGGCUUGGGUGCAAUCAGAAUUGUCUUCAUGGUAAUCAGUUGCUUCAUUGUCAUAGAGAACCUGUUGGUAUUCAUGGCUAUCGUGAACAACACUCGCUUCCGGAGCUGGGUUUACUACUGCAUUGCCAACAUCACCCUCUGCGACCUGCUGACUGGAAUUGUCUACAUUGUGAACAUAUGCCUGUCGGGUGAAAGGACCUUUCAAAUCACUCCCACCCUCUGGUUUAUUCGGGAGGGGGUCUUGUUCUUUGCCUUGGCUGCCUCAACAUUCAGUCUGCUCAUCACAGCAGUGGAGAGAUACGCGACCAUGGUCAGACCCCUACCUUAUGCCUCAGCACGUAAGACCUAUCGCGUGUAUGCUCUUAUUGGAUUGUGCUGGCUGGUGGCUUCCCUCAUAGGCCUCUUGCCGUUGCUGGGCUGGAACUGCAUUUGCAACUUUGAUGAGUGUUCUACUUUGCUACCUCUGUACUCCAAGAGCUACAUCCUCUUCUGUGUGGUCAUGUUCAGCAUCAUCAUCGUUGGGAUAGUGGCACUCUACAGUGGCAUCUAUCACCUUGUCAGGAACAGUGCCAAGUCUGUUUCCAACAGCAAAAGCAGGCAAAAGUCCGUGAGGCUGCUCAAGACUGUUUUCAUGAUCGUUGCUGCCUUUGUGAUCUGCUGGAGCCCCCUCUUUGUGCUUCUCCUGCUGGAUAUCUUCUGUGACUCGCCAUCUUGCUCCAAGCUGCACAGUAUGGAAUGGACCAUCGCCCUGGCUGUGAUCAACUCGGCCAUCAAUCCAGUCAUUUACUCCUUUGGAAGUAAGGAAGUGAGGCGGGCCAUCAUCAAACUCCUCUGCUGCUGCUUGAUCAAAGCAGGAGCUCCCUUGCCAUUCCUGAGCAGAAGCGAGUCUACUCUCGGAGCUUCCACUGACAGCUCCUACAGGCUGAGGGAGAGUUUCCGAAAUUCAAAACUGCUCAGCCCAAAGAAGACUCUGCCCAAGUCAGGACAACAAUAAAACGUGGCUCAGGGGUUAAGAGCAGGUGGGAGAGUCCUGAGAGCUGUUCCAACUCCUCCUGCAUGUACCAAAAACAUUAUUUUUGCAUUAAAAUUAGGAUUCAUUCUGGUGACAUUACAGCAGCCAGAUUGAAUGAAGGCAAUGCUCAGCCUUGUAACAAUAAUAUCGGUCUGGGUCACCUCUGAGCGUUCAAACUCUAAUCCAGUAACGUGGAUGCAUAUUCCAGGCUGAUACUUCAUCACAGUACUGCAGAGGGCACUGCACUGUCAGUAAUGCCACCUUACUAUGAUGUGGAGGUGCUAGUAUUGUACUGAGGUGGACAAAAUCAAAUAUCACUUGACACCGGGUUAUAAUCCAACAGGUUUAUUUGAAAACACAAGCUUUCGGAGCCUUGUUCCUUCUUCAGCUGCAAGUGAGAGAGGAUAUAUAAUUCUGGGAUUUGUGUAUUAAUCAGUAUUAACAGCCAUCUAGGUUUGUUCAAUACAUUUGCAUCAGUUAUAUGACCCUUUGAUCUUUUACUUAUGAAUUCUGUGCCUGAUAUAUCCUCUCUCACUAGCACCUGCAAAUCUCUGCAAGCUUGUGUUUUCAAAUAAACCUGUUGGAGUAUAACCCGGUAUUGUGCAAUCUCACUAUGAGACAUCAAGGCUCAGUAGGAUGUAAAGGAAUCCAUUGAAGUUUAAUCUAAUGGUGCUCUUAUGUACCAUCUUGGAAUGUUUUACUAAUGUCACUGUUUUUGGACAAUCCCAAUGAAGAAGGGCAUGAUAAUUCUCCUGGAAUCCUGACCACCAUUAAUUGGUCAUGACUUUUUGAGUAAUCUUGCUUUGCCUAAACCAGUUGCUAUAUUUGCCAACAUAACAACAGUGAAUAUAGAACAUAGAACAAUACAGCGCAGAACAGGCCCUUCAGCCCUCGAUGUUGCGCCGACCUGUGAACUAUUCUCAGCUC